AUUUGUGUUGUUUUGUUUAAACUAAACCCCACCGUGACGUGCCGGAAUCAAUAUGCUUUAUCUAAUAUCGCCCAUACGAAGUCAUCAGUCAGACCAAAAAUUCAGCCUCGGAUUCAAAGGGUUAAAACGGGGAGGGCGCACACGGGGAGACUGACGUAUCCAGCCAGUAUCCAGCACAGUCAGUGCAAGACUGGGUUGCAACAUCAAUAACAAGCGGCAUAAUAAUAAUGGGACGUUAGUGCAGCACGCCUUUAACUAGCAGUCCUCUCAUAGGCCAGCCUUGGGCGAUAGUACAGUCGCAUUCUCCGGUAGUUCACUUCUGCCGAAGGGAAAAUAUUUGAACCUGCUCUUUUCAGUAUCUCAAGAGGGCGUUGCAGGAAAAAGAGAAGGUGACAUGUCCUUCAUCAGAAAGACGAGUGCACGCUAGAAGCCAGACAGGGACGGUUAAGAAUGUUUUUGCAACCUGAUUCUUGUGGGAGGAUGUUGAAUUAAAUCUAACCAGUAUCAGUGCAACUCUACGCCGGAGAACUGAACCGAUGCGAAAAUGCGAGGUCUUGGGUCAAUUUGUGCAGGUGGAUGGCUAACCUGAUGUUAUCAAUUAGCUAUUUUUCUCUCCGGUCCUGCCGCGUUGCUGUGCUGUGAGUCUACGAUGGUAUCGAAGAAGCCCAGUAGCGAGCAGUAGAAAACGGCGAACGCGAGUCAUGCUUCCCGGGGUCGGGGUAUUUGGUACCAGCUUGACCGCGAGGGUGAUCAUCCCUCUCUUGAAGAACGAGGGGUUCGCAGUGAAGGCUCUUUGGGGACGCACUCAAGAAGAAGCCGAGGAGUUGGCGAAGGAAAUGAACGUGCCGUUUUAUACCAACAGGAUCGACGAUGUCUUGUUGCACCAGGAUGUGGAUUUGGUCUGCAUUAACCUACCUCCCCCUCUCACGAGGCAGAUUGCUGUAAAAACGUUGGGUAUCGGCAAGAACGUCAUCUGCGACCGAACGGCCACCCCGCUGGACGCCUUCCACAUGAUGUCGGCCGCACAGUAUUACCCCAAGCUGCUGAGCAUCAUGGGAAACGUGCUGCGCUUCCUGCCGGCGUUCGUGAAGAUGAAGGAGCUGGUAGAGGAGGGCUACGUGGGCGAGCUGCUGGUGUGCGAGGCCCAGGUCCACAGCGGGAGCCUCCUGGGGAAGAAGUACAACUGGAGCUGCGACGACCUGAUGGGGGGCGGCGGCCUGCACUCGGUGGGCAGCUACAUCAUCGACCUGCUCACCUUCAUCACGGGCCAGAAGGCGGCCAAAGUGCACGGCUUCCUCAAGACCUUCGUCAAGCAGACGGACCACAUCCGCGGCAUCCGCCAGAUCACCAGCGACGACUUCUGCACCUUCCAGAUGGUGCUGGAGAGGGGCGCCUGCUGCACGGUGACGCUCAACUUCAACGUGCCCGGGGAGUUCCGGCAGGAGGUGAUCGUGGUGGGCACGGUGGGCCGGCUGACGGUGAGCGGCACCGACCUGUACGGCCAGAAGAACAGCGCCCCCGAGCGGGAGCUGCUGCUGAAGGACAGCACGCCGCUGGGGAACGCCGACCUGCCGGAGAAGGCCUUCAGCGACAUCCCCUCGCCCUACCUCACCGGCACCAUCUGCAUGGUGCAGGCCGUGCGCCAGGCCUUCCAGGACCAGGACGACCGGCGCACCUGGGACGGGCGGCCGCUCACCAUGGCCGCCACCUUCGAGGACUGCCUGUACGCCCUCUGCGUGGUGGACACCAUCAAGAAGUCCAACCAGUGCGGGGAGUGGCAGAACAUCGUGGUGAUGACGGAGGAGCCGGAGAUUAGCCCCGCCUACUUGAUCAGCGAGGCCAUGAGGCGCAGCAGGAUGUCGCUCUACUGCUAGCGCAGGGAGCUGGCCGUCCGCAGGGGCGGGGCGGGGCCGGGUGGGCGUGGUCUGGCGCCACGAGUGCCGCAGGAAGUGCGUUGGGAGGGCCUUCCCAGGAUUCCGAGCAUCAGGCAGCAGUGGGAGCAUGUGAGCCUUUCUCUGCUGAUUGACUGGGGGGGAGGGAGGGACACCCCUUUGUUGGUGUUCUGCCUGCUUUCUUGUGUCAGCCCCACCCGUCCCACAACCGACGCGGAGCUUCGGUGAUCCUCGGGAUUGGAAAACGUAAACCGCAGUACGUUCUCCCUCCUUCCCUCUCCUCCCAUUCUUACAGCCCCUCCCAUCUCAGUGAUGUGUAGGAGCGUACAAGGCAAACUUGUGCUUUUUUUCCCUCGAAUGCCACCCAAUGUCAAGAACAUCAACUGUGAUGAGGAAGUGUGCGUGUUUGUACCUCCGAGGAGGUGAAUGUUUUACACUGUUGGCUUGAACGUCCUGUGUCCGUAUCUCUUUGUGGUACUGGAAAACAAACGAAACACCUGAAAAAUCAAUAGUUUGGCUAGUAGGGCUCUCCCGUUUUAAGUAUGCAAUAAAUAUGGGCCGGAUUUCCUACCGGGGUUACAUCGCUCCUCCCGAAGCAGAGGGAGUGCCUGCUGUCUGUUCCUCGUUGAAAACGUGAAGUAUAUUCACAUGCAAUAUACGCAAUCAUCCGUCGUCACGCGUGCAACUCCGCGCUGUGCCGCGGGCUCCAGGCAGCGUCCCGCCUGUCAAACGCCGCGUUCGGCCCGUUUUUAUUUUUCCCUGAUGCAAGUGCUCAAUGAAAUUCCCCAAGCUUGCUAUUUGGAUGCAAAUUCUGCCUGUUGCAUUUUGCAUGCCUAAAAAAAAGCCUAUUGUAUGUCAGCAGAUACUUUGAGUAAAACAGUCAGUAAUUGCCUUGGAGGCAACUGUCCAGGUUCUUGGGGUGGGGGUGGGGGGGGGG